AAUUUUAUUAUUUGAAAGACUUAUGUAUAAACGUUGAGUACAAGUUGUUGGGCAGAAAAUAUGACUUCAUGCAAAGCUAAUAAUCUAGUUACAAACACAUAGAUUUUAGAGUUUAUGCUAGAGCGGAUGUCAUGUUUAUGUUCACUACAUUGCGAGCUGCUGAGUUCUUGCCAGCAUGCAAAUCUCUCAAUUAUACCCAAGUUUUACAGCUGUUUAUAUGGUGUAUCUUGGUGAAACGUUUCGAAAUCUUAUGUUGAAAUAUAAUUCAGUGAAGAGUUUUCGAAAUUCCGGCGUUUGACUAUCUCUUACUUUCGUUCCCGAUCAGGAUCCAGACAGUUCAGGGUCAAAGCCUACUCGCGACCCUUUUCACAAUUCUGACAACUCUUAAAUACUUGUUGCUAGGUAUAGCAGGCUGCUGUGUGGCUCAACGGUUUAAAACAUCUCGUGUCAUAUGAAAAAGAGGGACGCUAAAGAGGUGUCUAAAAUACCUGGGAAAUUGUUUUUCACUUCAAAAAGUGGCUUUGUAAUCCGUUUAGCUUGUUAAAUAUUCAUUGCAAACACGAAAUGCCUGUUUAAUGUCUUAACAAUGCGUGUGUUAAUUUUAUUUACGCUCUCUCGAGAAAACUGUUCAAUUGAACUAAGGAACCACGGGAAACUGUGAACCUCUUUGUUCUUUGAGGUAGGUAAUGAAAAGCCAAUAACAAGAAGAGGAUAAACCAAACUGUGCUAGAGCUUUCAGUAAGUUAGAGGUGUCAAAGAGACUUAACGCACUCGUACAGCCGCCCCACCAGGACGAAGAGCUAGAAGCUACAGGCGAUCGACCAUAUCAGUUGCCAAAACGGAAAAAUCGCAAACGCUAUAAAGAGCGAGUACCGUCUUAAGUUCAGACAAAUAGACAAUACAAAGAAGUGAAAGGAUAAACUGUAACCGGCAGAGUAACACCCUCCAAACAACAAAGUAUGCUGCCAACAUUUAGUUUUACACCGGAGCAGGUAGCGUGCGUGUGCGAAGUACUACAGCAGAGCGGAGAUAUAGAACGUCUCGGAAGAUUUCUUUGGUCUCUCCCAGAAUGCGAAACCAUCCAGAAGAACGAGAGCGUGCUAAAAGCAAAGGCAAUGGUUUCCUUCCAUCAGGGAAACUUCCAAGAGCUGUAUCGCAUACUGGAAAACAACACGUUUUCUCCAAGUUCGCAUCCCAAGUUGCAGUCGCUCUGGUUAAAGGCGCACUACAUCGAAGCAGAGAAACUCCGCGGUCGGCCGUUAGGAGCCGUGGGGAAAUAUCGUGUUCGACGCAAAUUUCCAUUGCCGAGAACAAUCUGGGACGGCGAGGAAACUAGUUACUGUUUCAAGGAAAAAUCAAGGAACAUAUUGCGAGAGUGGUACUCGCACAACCCAUACCCAUCGCCUCGAGAGAAGCGCGAGCUUGCUGAGGCAACAGGUCUAACCACUACACAAGUAAGCAACUGGUUUAAGAACAGAAGGCAGCGGGAUAGGGCAGCGGAAGCCAAAAUAAGGGAAUCAACGGUGGACAUAAGAACCAAGCAGAUGUUAAACCCUGAGAAGCAGGCGAUGCUGAAUGACGUGAAAAAGUGUGGUAUACCCGACUUCUCCCAAUGCAUGAAUGGAUCACAUAUACCCGGCACUCACACUCCUGUUCCUGUCAAACUAGAAGUGGAUGACCCUACUCUAAUGGCUGCAAUGUCGCAUGAGCCUAUGGCGCCCGUUUCGGGGACUGAAUUCACCCAUGGACUUCACGACAGCCACAUGCUAACUACGUUAACAAAUUCUCUCGUAGGACUCUAAAUGCACCACGCUUUAGGAAUUGCCAAUGAGACUUAAGCCUUUCUGCAGCUGGUUACGUCGUUUGAACGGAAAAGAACCCGUCUUCUUCUCUUGCACGGGAAAAUCUUUCCAAAUGCCACAGCUUAGAGAAUUUUUUUUCAGUUUAAUAAGAUAUUUAGCAUAGCUUAUAAAAGCGUAGUUAUAUUAUAAUUAGAAACUAAAGCUAAACCAUUGGGAAAUUCGACAAUAGCUGCCUCGUACUUGGGGCACAAUGAACUGUUAAAUAAUAGCUUCAUUCAUACGCGAAGUUGUGUACAAGGUAAACACCGACGCAAGCUUAUAACCUUGCAUGCGUAUCACGCUUAAAACCAAAACGUCGGUAUUGCGUACCAAUAAAAAAGGUCAUGUAUCUUCAAAAGAAUUAUGUGUAUAAAGCAAAUGUUUUCUUGCAGUCAUGUUUAAAGUACUAUCACCUUGUGUUAUUCCAUAUAUUAAUCUUGUACAGUAUUCUUUCACGAGCGACCAGUUGGUUGAAAGCAACUGUGGCGUCCUUGUUAAAUGUCAGACGACUUCGCUGUACACCUUAAUUUGCAGUGGAAAUAAAAAUCCCCAGAAUAACAUGA